AUCUUUAGCUCUGUCUCUCUCUCCCUCUCUCUUGAUUUUAUCGUUUGAUAGUUCUGAUUGUAAUUAGAUUUUGUAGGUCACUGUAUAGAGAGAUCAGUAAAAUAAGAAGGAUGAGUUGGUGUGAUGGUUCAGAUGAUAACUACGAUCUUAAUCUUGAAAGAGUAUCAAACAUUGAUCAUCCAUCGGUUCAACUCAAAGACCAAUCUCAAUCAUGUGUCACGAGCGGUCCAGAUUCCAAGAUUAACGUUGAAACUCCCAUCAUGAGUACUUGUCCUUCUUGUGGACACAAGAUCCAUCACCAAGACGACCAGGUUGGUGGCAUCAAAGAUUUACCAAGCUUACCGGCAGGAGUCAAAUUCGACCCGUCGGAUAAAGAGAUCCUUAUGCAUUUAGAGGCGAAGGUAUCAUCAGAUAAGCGAAAACUUCAUCCCUUGAUCGAUGAAUUUAUACCUACGCUUGAAGGAGAGAAUGGAAUUUGUUAUACGCAUCCUGAGAAACUUCCUGGAGUAAGCAAGGACGGUCAAGUACGGCACUUCUUCCACCGGCCAUCAAAGGCUUAUACGACGGGAACACGAAAACGUAGAAAAGUGAGCACAGAUGAGGAAGGACACGAAACACGGUGGCACAAAACGGGCAAGACUCGACCUGUUUUGUCUCAAUCAGGAGAAGCCGGUUUCAAGAAGAUCCUAGUGCUCUACACCAAUUAUGGUCGCCAGAAGAAGCCUGAGAAGACGAAUUGGGUGAUGCAUCAGUAUCAUUUAGGUAGCAGCGAGGACGAAAAAGACGGUGAACCUGUCCUCUCUAAAGUCUUCUACCAAACACAGCCUAGGCAAUGCGGUGGUUCGACUGAACCUAAACCGAAAAAUCUCGUAAACCUAAACCGGUUUAGUUAUGAAAAUAUUCAGACGGGUUUUGGGUAUGAACGUGGAGGUAAAAGUGAAGAGCCGACGACGCAGGUAAUUCGAGAGUUGGUGGUUCGUGAAGGCGAUGGGUCAUGUUCGUUUCUUAGUUUUACUUGUGAUGCAAGUAAGGGUAAAGAAAGCUUCAUGAAGAAUCAAUAGAACAUAAUAUAUAUAAAUGGCGAGGUGCUUUGUUGGAGUAAAGAUGAGGAAAAGAAUGAGAGAGCACAUAUUCUUUGUGUGUAGGUGUUGGGUAACUAUCAUAGUAAUCUUUCUCAAAGCUUUUGGGAGAUUUUAGGAUUUAACCUUUUUUUAUGAUUAAAUUGGGGGCGUAACU